AUGUCUUUUGUCGUGUACGGCACCGGCCACCUCUCGCCGGGGAAGAUCCGCUGGUCAUGGUUCCGUCGCUGGCUGCGCUCCCUGCCGUCCCGCAUCGCCAACAGGUUUUCCAAGAAACCGCGGCAGAGCAGCGCCGAACCCGUCUCCACGAAUGCAGCGUACACAUACACAUACGAGAUGGCACCGACGGUGACAAAGCCAGAGGAACUCUCUGGCACGGCAGCGGCGCCAGUGACAACAGGCAAAAUCUCCAAGCUGCGCUCCUUCACCGCGCGCCCCGCGUCCACCCGUCAACAGCGCCGCACCCAGCGCCGCCAGCAGAAACUCGAGAAAACAAAGCGCCAAAACCGCACCCUGUGCGAGGUCCUCGAGCAUCUCCUCUGCGGACGCGGCCGGCGCACCUGCGGCGACGUCACGCCACGCACCAUCGCGCAGUUGGAUUCCUCGGAGCGCGCGUACGUCGCCGUGCGAGGCGAGACCGCGGCGAAGCGCAAGGACGGCCUCGCGCGGCAGAUGAGCUCGUUCAGCGCGCAGAUCAGCGACGUGGACCGCGGGCUCGACCGCGCGCAGCGCGUGCGCAACGAGCUCUUGUUCGGCCGGCGGGUGUUUUGCAAGAGCGACCUGGAGCAGCUGACGGACGUGGAGGUUCAGAUCCAUGCUCUGGAGGGGCAGCUCGCCAGGCUGAGGCGGAAGAAGGAUCGGGUUCACUACGACUUGGCACAGUCGGAGUACUUGAUUGCCUUUGCGAAGCAGGUUGAGCUGAGGAAGAGCUUGCCCAUUGACGGCUUUGUCUAUGUCGGCUUCGACCUCACUCGACGUCGACACGGCAUCACGGCCAGCGUCUGA